AUGAAAAUCGACGAAAACGAGCUGGAGAAAGACUUUAAGAUGAUGCAAAAAUUGGAAAAUCAAUUGGGAAAAGUGGGCGAAAUUUCGUUUUAAGUGUUUUUCAAAUUUGUUUCAGAUUUCUAAGGACACUACCGGAAAAGUACCGCUUUCGGAGCUGCAAACGCAAAUUCCGAGCAUUGAUUUCGAGCGGAUUCUGAAAAGCUUCAAAAAUGACGAAAAAUUGAGGGAAAACGCGUUUUCGCCGGUUUCCGACUAUUUUUGGAGUUCGAAAAAGAAUGUAAUUCACGCGUUUUCACACCUUUUUUCAUUGACAAAUUAUCGAUUUGUCAGCUGGAACAUGUGCUGAAAAAGACGCCGCCGCGAGUGUUGGCCAACUUUUUAAUCAUACGAUUCAUCGCUUUUUCGACAGAAUUUUUCCGGACCGAACCGGAUAAGCCCAACACUUUGUCCUAUUGUGCCGAUGUUGGUGCUUAGGGAAUAAUUUCUUUCGUUAAAAAAUCCACUAAAAAAAACAUUUUUCCAGUUUGUAAUACACAUGCUGCCGCGGGCGGCUCUUCGCGUCUACGUGCACAAUCAUUUCGAUCGGGAGAACAAGGAGCACGUGUCUCGAAUGUUGGAAUCGAUCCGCGACUCGUACGUGCAAAUGUUCAACUCGUCCACGUGGCUUCACCCAAAAACCAAAGAGAGCGCCAUUCGGAAAUUGACACAUUUACGAAAAGUCAUCGGAUAUCCCGACGAAUUCGAGCCCCAGGGCACGUUGGACAAGAUUUUCGAGGAAUCGGUAGGGAGCCUAGCUUUUUCUAACCUUGUGUUUCAUUUUUUUUCAGCUCGACAUCAAAUCCACCGACUCGUUCUACACAUUCUCGCGAAAAGUGGCCCGGUUCCGAACCGAACAAUUGUUGGAGUCGUCGAUGGGCGGAGCCGUGAUGACGUCGAAUUACGACGUUUUGGGCGUUAAUGCGGCAUAUUGGGCGCUGAGGAAUUCGUUUGGUUAGUCCAUGCAUCUUUGGUUUCGAUGGGAGUUUGCAACACAAACUAGAUCUGAUACAUUUCGAACUCCCUUUGUGUUCCAGUGAUCACAGUGCCGUUCCUCGACGAGCCGUUCUUCGACGCCACACUUCCAAAGUACGUCCGUCUGGCGAGUGUGGGAAGUGUGAUGGCACACGAGAUCGGACACGCGUUCGACACGGACGGAAGGAAUUUCGAUGAGAACGGAAAGAAGGAGAGCGACUUGUGGACCCGGGAAGAUACGGCCGAGUACGAUCGGAAAGCGCAAUGUCUUGUGGAUCAGUACAACGAGUACGAUGAUCCGGUUUAUGGGAGAAAGGUACGGGCAACUAGAGUGCACCAUUGAAUUGAUUCAGAUGAACGGCACGAAAACGCUCGAGGAAAUGCUGGCCGACCGGAUGGGAGUGGAAGCCACGUGGCGGUCUCUGAAAGCCGAGGAUUUGAGUGGCGAAGCCAGCCUCAUCGGAUUCGAGGGUGUUCCCUUCGAGAAGAUGUUCUUCAGAGUCAUGGCAAUGGUCAGUUUCAUGUACCUUACCAAGAAAUUUUGUGCAAUUCCAGAAUUUUUGCGCGACACGUGAUCGUCUCCCGCUCGAAAUCAUUCUCGAAAAGAAGCCACAUCCGUCGGCGAGUUUCCGAGCGAACGGCAUCCUUUCCAACUUGCACCAGUUCGGCGCCGCGUUCAAAUGCCCCGUUGGAUCGCCGAUGAACCCCGCCAAAAAGUGCACGUUUCUUUGA